UAGAAAUGUAUUCUGAUGUGUUUGUAACCACAGCACAUGUACUAGUUGAUAAUUACGAAACGUGCUAGUGACUGGAAGUAAACACAACAGUGCAGUGAAUAUUAGUUAAUUAAGGAAAGUGCAGUCGCUAUAUGUGAAUUCAGUUCUGUUACGACUAUCAUCACCAUAUUAAAAUGAGUACGAUACUGGAUAAAAUUGCAGCUAUUGAAGCUGAGAUGGCUCGGACACAGAAAAACAAAGCAACAGCUGGUCAUCUUGGGUUGCUGAAGGCUCGUUUAGCAAAGUUGCGAAGAGAGCUAAUUACCCCAAAAGGUGGUGGUGGAGGUACGGGUGAAGGUUUUGAUGUUGCCAAAACCGGUGAUGCUCGUAUUGGAUUUGUAGGUUUCCCGUCAGUUGGAAAGUCGACACUUCUGAGCACUCUGGCUGGUGUGUACUCUGAGGUUGCUGCAUAUGAAUUUACAACCUUAACAACAGUUCCUGGUUGUAUAAAAUAUAAGGGUGCAAAGAUACAAUUGCUGGAUCUGCCGGGCAUCAUCGAAGGAGCCAAGGAUGGCAAGGGCCGGGGACGACAAGUGAUAGCCGUGGCUCGAACGUGCAGCUUGAUUUUCAUCGUGUUGGAUGUACUGAAGCCUUUACAACAUAAGAGGCUGAUUGAACACGAGUUGGAAGGCUUUGGUUUACGACUCAAUAAGUCCCCGCCUAACAUUGUCUUUCGUAAGAAAGAUAAGGGUGGUGUGAACUUACAGACCAUGGUUACGCAGUCGGAGUUGGAUCUUGACACAGUGAAAUCAAUUUUGUCAGAAUACCGUAUUCAUAACGCAGAUAUCACUCUCAGAUAUGAUGCAACUAGCGACGAUUUGAUUGACGUCAUUGAGGGAAACCGCAUUUAUGUGCCCUGUAUCUACUUGUUAAAUAAAAUUGAUCAAAUCAGCAUUGAAGAGUUGGAUAUCAUCUACAAGAUUCCACAUUGCGUCCCAAUCUCAGCUCACCACAAGUGGAAUUUUGACGAUCUCCUUGAAAGAAUGUGGGAGUACCUGCAGUUAGUUCGCAUCUAUACAAAACCAAAAGGACAGCUUCCAGAUUACGAGUCCCCAGUUGUUUUACACUCGGAAAGACUAAGUGUAGAAGAUUUUUGUAAUAAACUGCAUCGCAGCAUAGCAAAGGAGUUUAAAUAUGCUCUGGUCUGGGGAUCAUCAGUGAAGCAUCAGCCACAAAAGGUGGGGAAAGAUCACGUCCUUAACGACGAGGAUGUCGUCCAAAUUGUGAAAAAGGUGUAACACCAGAAGGAAGUAGUUCUGGACCACUCCAGUACAUGUCUACAAAGUUGUUUUUCACGUGCUAGAAUACUGGCCUUUUCGCGUAAUUAAAUCGGAUUGUGCUUGUGACCGCAGGUUACUUAAUUACGCAGAAAGGGUACCGACUGUAGCCAGAAAUCCAACAGUGAACAUGCUUGUGGGUAAAGUGGAAGAAAAUGUAACUAAAUAGCAUGUAUGUGAUAUGAGGGCAGAAGAAAAAGUUAACUCAUUAAUG